CGGAUAACGUCGGCUCUUCAAGCAGCGCCUCAGGCCUUUUUCAGCAGGUGUUCGCAAUACACGUAAGCAAAGCCGCAACGCAAGGUACAGAGAGAGACUGCUGCGUCAUAUGAAUAGCAUGUAUAUAUGUUUGCGGGCGUAUGAGUGUUCGUCUGCCUGCUGCACUGCAAUUUAUGCGGCACAGGGGCUAUAAAGGUCGCAGGAGGAACAGGGCGGGCUACGUGGUUUAUAGGUUGCCGUGGGCAGGGCAGUAGCACUGGCGGCGUAAGCUGCUUCGGUUUGAGAUUCACCCGACCACUUAACUAACGUAACGAUUAACUGUUCUUGCAGCCCUGUUCUCGCAGCAGUUGGGGACAGUGCAUACGUUUCCCUACACCGCAGCGCCAUGGCGGGUCGCCAGCUCGUCGUGAUGCUCUGGAGGGACACCUACGUCCGUCGCUUCCGAGGCAGCCUUCUGACCGUCAUAGCGCAGACGGCGUUAGUGCUUCUAGUCAUCUACACGCUCAACAGCGACAUCGGCAACGAGCCCGACACCGCCGAGUGGGGAGGCGACAGCCAGGACCACUGGGCCACGACGCGGGACACCCAGGAGGCCCGGACGACGGCUGCGGCGGCGACGUCGACGACGCGCCAGAUGCACGGGCCCUGGGACGCGCGAGAUCCAGCUACCAAGGCGAUGCCGGCUAGGCGGUUCGAGCCUUCGCACCCGCUCGACGGCUGGUUUUCGGGGCCCGGAGCGUACGUCGACCAGCUCUGCUACGUGACGGACAAGCCCUUCUUCGAGCCGGUCGCGAGGCGCGCGGCGAGCAUCCUCAACAUCACCAAGGUGACCCGACUGGAUAGCAAGGACGAGCUUACGUCGUACUUCCGAAAAGCCCAAAGGACUCCGCCUGGAAGUUUGAUCGCCGUCGUCUUCAGCACGCCGUCACAUCUCGUGGCAGAUACGGCUGACCAAUGGGGCGCUGACGACAACGAUGCGACCAUUGGGGGUGGCGGCCACGACGACGACGCACUUCACUUCAGGAAAAUGGACUACGAGGUUCGCGUGCACGGCGUCGAGUUUGACGUGAACGUGCGGUACCGGCGCUUCCUGGUGCUCCCGUCCACGCUCAACCUGCGGACGUUCAGCGAGAUGACUUACUUGCUGCCGGUGCAGUACGCGGUCGAGACGGCCUACCUGGAAGCCAUUAGCAAGGAGGAGAAAAAGUCGCUAGACUACGAGGUUGUGCUGCGCCGAUUUCCGUACCCGAGCCUGUACCCGGAGGAUUUCCCCACAAACUACUGCAGGGCGGUGAUCCGCUUCGCGGUAGCCUUCUGGCUGCCUUUCAUCCUGCUCGUCGUCCACAUCGUCGACGAGAGGGCGAGCGGCAUGCGGCAGCAGCUGCGCCUGUACGGUGUGAGGGACGCCACCUACUGGCUGUCUCACUACCUCGGCAUGCUCAUCAUGGCGGCCGUUCUGGGCGCUUUCGCGCUGGCCUUCCUCUACGUGAUGCUGGCCGACGACUACGGCAACGUGUACAUCGCCGCCACCAACCCGGGCCUCGUCUACGUCGUGCUGCUGUGCUUCGGCAGCGCGCUCGCCGUGCAUGCCAUGCUGCUCUCGCUCUUCUUUGCCAGCACUCGCCUUGCCGGCCUCGUGUCGACCAUGUACUGGUUCCUGAGCCUGUUGCUGCCGUACCUGUACCUGCAGAACCCCUACGGUUUCGGCUACUAUCUCGUCUCCAGGAUAAGCAAGCUGAUGACCUCCGCCCUGCCAGGCAUGUUCCUGCACUGGUGCUGGAUGGUCAUCGAGCGCCUCGAGCGGUUCGAGGGGGGCGCCGGCUUCUCAAACUUUGCAAGCCCGUCCAGCACGCCUGACAACGUCACCGUCCUGCAUCUGAUGAUCGUGAGCGUGUUGUCCAGUGUCGUCCUGGUGAUCCUCAUCUGGUACAUCGACAACGUCACCAACUGCAACCGGACAAAGACAGCCCGGCCGUUCUACUUUCCAUUCAGAGCGGCGUACUGGAAGCCGCCAGUGAUCACGGAAGUCCCUGCGCCGGGUUCGACAUCGCGGUGCAAGUACUACGAGCCAGAACCGGCGAACGUUGACCCCACGUUGCGCAUCAGCGGCGUGUCGAAGAGGUUUGAGAACCAGGUUGUCAUGAACGACGUCAGCGUCAACGUGUUCAGCAAGCAAAUCACCGUGCUUCUAGCGCCACCUGGCUGCGGAAAGACGACGAUCAUGAGGUUGAUUACAGGUUCCAUCGCGCCGAACGCCGGAACAAUCACCGUGGGCCCGUAUGACGUCAUUCAGAACGGCGACGGAGCGAGGACUCUGCUCGCCUACUGUCCGGCGGACAACAUUCUCUUCAACGAGCUCACCGUGGAGGAGCACCUCACCUUUUUCGGAUCGGUGAAGGGCAUUCCCAGGCACACCCUCCGCAGUGACGUAAGCCGACUGAUGCGCGACAUCGGACUGGCCUACUACCGGCUACGGCGCACCACCGAGCUCCCCGUCAGCGCCCAGCGCCUCCUGUGCACGGCGAUCGCCCUGAUGCCAUAUCCCAAUGUGCAGAUGAUCCUGCUGGACGAGGCGACGUGCGCCAUGGACCCUCGUACCAGGCGAGAGACGUGGGAAAUGCUGUUCAAGGUCCGGCGGUACAAGGGGGUGUUCCUCACCACCAGCGACUUUGCGGAGGCAGAGGCCCUGGCCGACCGCCUCGUCGUCCUCCAGCACGGAGAGCUGCACUGCGUCGGCUCGCCCGAGUACAUCAAGACUCAGUUCGGCAUGGGAUAUAUGCUCCGGCUCAGCAAGGGCACAGGCUACCAAGACGCCGGCGUGCAGUCCCUCAUCCGCAAGCACUCCCCGUCCGCCGAGAAAGUGAUGGACAAGUCGACUAGCGUACAGUUCAGACUCACCGGCAGUUCUGAGAUGAUCUCGACUAUCAUGCGUGACCUCUUCUACGAGCUGGAGGCGGUCAAGUCCAAACUGGGCAUCGCCAAGAUGGACCUCAUGGUCACCACGCUCGAGGACAUACUGCAGGGCAUCAGCGAGCGGCUUCCAGUGCCAGGAGCUAAACUAGCCGGUAAAACAAGGACCAAGAGUUCUUCGAUUUCGGCAAAAGGGAGCGGCAUCCGCACUGAAGGAAGAAACGUGGCAGCGGGGACGCAAGCCGGUAACGUUCAGGUCCAUGGCAUCGAACACGCUCUGCAAGCCCUGCGCAAUCGCACCGUGUUCGGCCCCGUGACGGUGACGUCACGGCUCCACUGCCUGUUCCACAAGCGCUUCCUGAACUGGACGCGCACGUCCAUGACGCGAUCCAUGCGCUGGCUGCUACCCGCCGCACUGCUCCUGCUGGGAGGAUACUUCGAGAGCUCCCUGCUCGCCCCCAGCGCAGGCCUCGACGUGACGCUUGCCUACACGGUGCACAGCAUCGUCGGCGGCGGCGCCAUGGGCUUCUGCGGCGCCACCAAGGGCGGGCGUUUCAAGAGCUUCGUGGAAGAGCACAUGUGCGCUGUGCUGGAGGACAGCGACGUCCGCUUGGAAAGCGUCGACUUGACCGACGUGAACUCGCAGCUGCUUGCCCUGGCAAACCACGACGUCUACGCCUACAUGUUCCUCUACCAGAUGGGCGUGGUCUCGAACGAACCGGAACCAAGGGUGACGCUGUGGUACAACGGCCAGAAUCCUCACUCGGCGCUGUUGGCCCUGAAUCUGCUGCACACGGCGGUGCUCCGCAACCUGACUGGUGACUAUGACGCCGCCAUUCUGCUCACCAACACGCCAGACAACUUUCAGAGCACGGAGACGGCGGACACGCUGCUCAGCUUCUUCCGCGAGUUCGAGAUGCACAGCGCGCGGCGCCAGAACUCCGGCUACGUGGUGCACGCGGUGCUGGUGCGCGUGCUGUGCGCCGUGUUCGUGCCCGCGGCGCUGUGCUACCACGCGGCGCACUUUGUGGUCACCGUGCUCGGCGAGCGCAUGUCGGGCGCCAAGCACCUGCAGCUCAUGACGGGUCUCGGAGGCGCCCUCUACUGGCUGGGGAACCUGCUGUUCGACGCCUGCCUGGGCGUCAUCCACGCCGUGCUCUUCACCGCGGCCACGGUGGCCUUCCGCACGUUUCUCGACUGGCAGUACAUCAAUGCCGUAUUCAUACUGUUUCUGGCGUACAGCUUGGUGGCCAUAAACUUAGCCUAUUUGGCGUCGUUCUGGUUCGAGAACGCUGCGAAGGCCUUCUACACCAUGACAGCCGUGUACUUGAGUGUAGGAGUGCUGGGUGCCUUGAUGGCUGCUGCCCUGGACAUGGUGCAGUUCUCACGAAGAACGCAGAGCUUCCCAUCGUGGUUCCUAGUGGUCUUGAGCCUAUCGGUUCGCUGGGCACCCACGUACACAGUCGCCAGGGGUCUUACCAAGCUGAUCCUGCUUCGCAAGGAGAACCUGAUCUGCUUGGAGAGAGGCCUCCUGCUGACGCUGUACUGCAAGAAGAAGGCCGCCGUCAAAUUCACGCAGCGGUUGAAGGAGUGCUGCCCGUCGCACGGAGGCUCCUCGUCCAGCAACCUGCAGCCACUCAGCCCCGGCCUGCGCACGGGCUUCCUAGAGGUGUUCGCCCUGCUGCUCGAGGGUUGCUUUUGCUUCGCCCUGGUCAGCUUCCUUGACUCGGACCUCCUACAACGCUUCUGGUCGCGCAUUCAGGGCCACGAGCCACCGCCCGCUUACAGGGGCGACGCCCGCCUAGAAAGCACCGUCGACGCCGACGUCGUCCGGGAGGCGCACCUGGUCGACGACGUCUACAACCAGCGCGACUUCGACAAGCAGGCGCUCCUCGUGCGAGGCCUGAGCAAGGCGUACGGCUUCUUCCAGCCGCGCUUCGCCGUCGACAACGUCAGCUUCGCGGUGCGCAGCGGCGAAUGCCUCGGACUCGUCGGCGCCUUGGGAACCGGCAAGUCCACGCUGCUGGGCGUGCUGGGCGGCGAGCUGUUCCCGACGGCCGGCGACGCCUACAUGAGUGCCGGCACGUCGCUCACGCGCAGCUACCGCCAGUGGAUGCAGGACGUCGGCUACGUGCCCUACGGCUGGGGACUCCUGGACACGCUCACGGGACGAGAGAUGGCCUGCCUGCUGGCUGUGCUCCGGGGCGUUCGGGACGUGACCCGAGCCACCGCGUGCGCUUUGCAGGCCGUCGAGCUCGCCGAUCCCGACGCGCCCAUCGCGUCGUACGGAGCGGGCGCGAAGACGCAGCUCUCCCUGGCACUGGCCCUGAUGGCCUACCCGAAGCUGUACCUGCUGGACCUUCCGGACCUGGACGCGCCGUCGCGCCUCGUGGUCCGCCGGCUGCUGGACACGCUGCGUCCUGGCGCCAGCGUGGUGCUCACGUGCGAACACCUGCAGCACUACGCGGAGGUCUGCGACCGCAUAGCUAUACUGGUGGCCGGUCGCAUCGAGUGCAUCGGCUCGGUGAAGGAGCUCACCGACAAGUACUGCCGGGGCACCACCAUCGCCGUGUACACAUUUCCCGACCGCAAGUACGACUUGGAGCACCAGCGCUUCAUCGUCAUGGACAUGAUGGAACACUUCCCGAACGCCACGCUGGUGCGCUGCUACGAGGGCCUGCUGGAAUUUCGGCUCUCCCCGCCGAGCGGCGGGAUCCAGAUGAACCUGUGCGAGAUGUUCGACCGGCUGCUCUACCUCAAGCGCAAGCACAAGUUUCACAUCUUCUACGUCAGCGAAACCACGCUGGACCAGAUAUUCGUCAGCCUCAGCCGAAAGCACGCGGGUCUCACGACUCACAACUAAGAUUGAAGCUGGUACAACACGGGGAGGCUGGUAUGCGAAGUAAAAAUGCCUAUAUGAUAACGCGGCGCAUAUAUAAGUUAUACGUAAUAGAACGUUACCACGAUACAAAACCAAAAUUACGUUCUCGUUGUUUCCAAUUUGUUUAGCUAUCUUGACGCAUGAUAGCAUGAUUUAUAUUGGAGCAUUGUGAACAUUUACUUCUGAAGGUGCGCUAGCAGCGCUGUAACUUUUGCUCAUUCAGCGCCGUAACACACAGCCUAUAGAGGGCGGUGGAAGCAGUAUCCAGCAGCACAUGCGGCCGAUGUCUCGCCAACCAAUUCACUGCUUAUCUCGAAUAUGUGUCCAGCUCUCGACAUGUAUGGGUGCCAG